AUGUGUGGAUACUUGUCUCACCCUCGAACUGUGCAACAAUAUGAACCGUUAAUAGUCAUGGAUUGUUCGAGGUUGGCUCAAACUCCCGACAUGUGUUUUGAAUUUUUGAAAUAUUUACAGCCAAGAGAUCUCUUUUCGUGCAUGAAGUCCUGUCGCUUAUUCAACGAAUUGAUCCAUAGUCUUAAACUCCUUCAACCAUUUGCUUCCGGAGGUCUUGAUAUUUGUGAAAGAAAUUUCGAGAAGUAUGAAUAUUCUUGUUUGUCUUUGCUCAAUAACUUUCACCAGUCUUUUUCUCAGGAUCAGUUGUUUAAGAUCUUGCAACAAGCUCUCCGACAUUCACGCGUAGAUGUCAUGUACACCGUGUUUGGUUUUUUAGAUGUCACAAGUUUUGAUAUUUGUACUUUUCUAACUUCGAGAGAAUUUCAUUGCUCGCUCCAUCAUGAAACCACACUUGAUACAGUGCCACUAUUCAUGCAACAUCCCAAAGUGCAAGACGUACUCUCUGAAAUUGUUGAAUAUUUAGUCUCUGAAGGAAAAUUUACUCUUCUGGAUACCAUUCUUCCAGAUCUGGACCUAUCACAAUAUUUUCAUGACAUUGUCGAUGCAUCGCCCACGAUUUUAGCAGAUCACCCUUCUCUGUUAUUUCAAUUUUGGAAGAAGAGAAGAGAAAGACGAGUGAUUGUGAACAACUUUGCCUCAAUUUUUAGUUAUUUUCAAUGUUCCAAUUAUGAUGUGGCACUUGACUUGUUGGAACGAAUGAACAAGAAGGAACGACAAGCACAAAGAGAUUGGGUGUCAAAUCAAUGCAAUGAGUUUCACCUGGCCCUAUUUCGUCGACACAAUCUCUUUCAUGAAUAUGGAUUGGACAUUCUUAAUACACAUCUUGAAUGUCAUCAUCACAACAUAGUCCUCAAAUGCCUCAAAGCAAAUCCUGAAUUUAUAUCCAAUGAGAUGGACUUGCAACGAUUCAGUCUUGAUCUCAUCGAAUAUGGACAAUAUUACUUGUUAGCUGACUUGAUCAAAGUUCUGAAGACGAAAGCCAUUACAGCCAUUGCAACCUCACCACGAAAUUAUUUAAGGUUUCUCUUUAAGCAUUGCCUUCCACUGGGAUCCAAAACCAAUUAUUUAGGAAGACGUGAUUCCAAGCUUCAUGAUCGACGUUGUCCCAAAAGAACAACAGUGACAUGCUCCAACGUUAUCACUAUUACAGCUCUGGAGUGA